AUGAUGGUGGAAUGGGAAAGGGCGGUGGUGAGUGUGGUGGAGACGCUGGUGGAUCGCACGGUGGCUCUCCCCUGCAAGGCCAUCCUCCACCCCCCGCACGACGACACCCCCAACCUGCUGCUCUUCUACCGCCACCCCUCCAACAUCCCCUUCUUCAGCUAUGACGCACGCACAGGGGACUUCUGGCGAGCGGGGACUCCAAAGACCAGGGACGCGAAGUACGAGGACCGCGUGUCCCUCAACCUGACGCAGCCCCAGCUCGUGCACCUCAACCUGGAGCGGGUCACCUUGAAGGACCGCGGGGACUUCACCUGCCGCGUCGACUUCCUGAGCUCACCUUCCCUCACCUCCGUGGUCAAGCUGCACGUGUACGCGGACCCCAGCGCGGGCCCGACCAUCCGUGUGGGCAGCGGUCUUCACGGGCUGCCCCUGCGCGCGCACUCCGAUGUGGGACCUUUCUACGAGGGCGAAAUGCUCAACCUAUCCUGCUCCGUGACGGGGGGCUUCCCCCCGCCGGUGGUCACGUGGUGGCAGGGCCUGGAGCUCCUGGACAACACGAGUCACGUGCUCAACGACUCCCGCGCGGCGCCGCAGACGGUCAACGAGCUUGUGGUUGGCCCGCUGACCCGCGCCCUGGUGCAGCAGCCGCUCACGUGCCGCUCCGAGAACAACCCGCUCUCGCCGCCCAUCGACCGCAGUGUGCACGUCAAGAUACACAUGGCGCCGCAGAGCGUGGAGCUGGUGCAGGCGGCGACGGUGCGGGCAGGACUGGAGGAGCGCCUGGAGUGCCGGGCCAAGGGCGCCUACCCCGAGGCCAACAUCACGUGGACGCUGGAUGGCAAGAAGCUCAACUUUACGGCCAAGGAGACGCGGCAGGUCGGGCAGGACACAGUGUCGUGGGUACGGUUCAUCGCCUCGCCGCCUGACAACGGGGGCGUCCUGGCCUGCACCGCCUCCUCCUCCACGCUGCCCGACCCUCCCGUCACCACCAACACCACCCUCAACGUUACCCACGCCCCCAAGGUCAGGCUGCAGCUGGGGUCGUCGCUGCGGCCGGACCACAUACGACAGGGGGACGAUGUGUACUUCGACUGCCUCAUCGUCUCCAACCCGGAAUUCACCCGCAUCUCCUGGUACAAAGAGGAGACGGAGGUGCACCACGACAAGAACGCCGGCGUGCUGGUGGGCGGCACGAACCUGGUGCUACAGAGCGUACAGCGGCCCGACGCGGGGACCUACACCUGCCGGGCCACCAACGCCGUGGGCACCUCCCGCAGCAACACCCUCAGCCUCAGCAUUCAGUACGUGCCCAUGUGUGCUCAGAAUCGCGUGACGGUGACGGCGGUGGAGGGUGAGGUGGUGACGCUGCAGUGUGCCGUCGACGCCUACCCCGCCAACGUCACCUUCUACUGGCUCUUCAACAAUACCGUGGACUCUACACGCUUCAGGGAGUCCGAGUACACCAGCGAGGGCUCCGUGUCCAGGCUUCGCUAUGUGGCCUACUCCGCGCGGGACUACGGCACGGUGUUCUGCUGGGCCUCGAACGUGGUGGGCAGGCAGGAGGACCCGUGUGCCUUCAUCCUUCAGCCAGCAGGUGCUCCGGAUAGCGUAAGGGACUGCGUGCUCACCAACCAGUCAGCGGGGUCCCUCCACAUCACCUGUAAGCCUGGCGCCGACGGAGGACUCACCCAGACCUUCAGGGCUGAGGUGUAUGCCGGGGGCUCCCUCAAGCCAGUGCGGGUGCUAGAGGGCAUGUCCCCCGUGUUUACCCUGGAGGGCUUGGCUCCGGGGGGCGACUACGUGGUCACUGUGACGGCCAUCAACCGCAAGGGCACCUCGCCGCCUGUGUCCCUGGAGGCCUUUACCCUCAAGGUGGCGGAGAACAGAAUGAGUGAGUACUUGGAAGUCUCGUCCUCGCCCGCGGUGGCAGUCUCAGGCGUGUCCAGCAGCCAGCCGGAGCCCGAGGUGACGGAGGGCGGCGCCGUGUCUCCGCUGCUCGGCGUCUUCCUGGGCGUGGUGGGGGCCCUGCUGCUCCUCGCCGCGGCCGCCAUCUUCAUCACGAGGCGACACUGUUCCCGCAACCCUGGCAGGACGCCGGACCUGGUGGCGGGGCAAGAGCUGGAGGCGAAGGGCAGCGCCGGGGAGGCCACGACCACCAAGGGCGAGGCUGUGGAGAACCCGGACCUGACGGAGGCUGAGCCCUUCCUGGCCACCUCUGAGGGCAGCACUGGGACGGCCUCAACCCCUGCCAGCGCUGGGGGCGGGGGGGCGGUGUUCACCAUCCCCGCCCACAUUCCACCCCCGCCCCAAUACUGCUCUGCCUCCUGUAACGACCUGUCGCCCACUCAGCAUGCCCUUCAGCACUCAGCAGGCCCCCAGCACCAGCACCAUGUCCCCUGCACUAUGGGUAGUCAGCACACGGCUUCUCGCCCCCCGGUCACUCAGCACCCUAUGCACCACACACAAGGGCCUCCACAGACCCUUCAACGCUCCUCUCCCUUGCAGCACUGCCUCCAGCGCUCCUCGUCCCUGGAACAGUGCUCGGGCCACGGCCUCAUCCCGCAGCCCUGCGUGGUGCGCGCCUCGCCUCCGAUGCGGCCCCAGCAGCACCACGGCACCCCGGCGGCCAUCUCCCUGCAGCACCCUGCGCGCCCGCAGAUCAUCUACACCACAGGCACGGACGCCGCCAUGCAGGGCCAGCAGCACCCGGGCGCCAUCCACUACGUGCAGCCUCAUGUGGGCCUGGUGGGCGACACGCAGCUGCCGACUGGGCACCACAUGGGCCUCGGCCUCGUGCCUAGCCACCUGCCGGGCGGUCCGCCGCCCCAGCAGCGGACCCUCGUGAGCCAAGACAGCAUAGAGCACUCCCAGGAACCCCAGAUAACCCACUCGAGCCCCAAGAGUAGAGCUAAGCACGUGACCUGGACUGGCGGCUCAACGCACGGGGAGGAGAGCGCCGUGUAGCCCCCCAGGCGGCAGGGCACGGCACCGAGGGCCUCGCAGCGCCUCCCUUCAGGAAUCAGGUCCCGUGGUGGUGCACGUUGACAGCCGCGUGAGGGAUGGCUCACUGUGUUCUCCGUGUUUUCCGUGUGGAAGUGUAACAAGUUACUAAACACAUGGAAAUAUGUAACCUCACACACACACACACACACACACACACACACACACACACACACACACACAACACACACACACAUUCUCUCUCUCUCUCUCUCUCUCUCUCUCUCUCGGUGCUCCAUAGUGCAGGGGUAAGUACGAUGUGCUCAUAACCAAGAGAUCCUGGAUUCGGUUACCGAUCACCGGGAGCAGUGGAGACGGAUGGGCAGUAUUCUUUAGCCUGUGUCCACCCAGCAGUGUAAGGGGGCCGGGUGUCAGACGGAGGUAAUGUGGUCUACCAUUGCCAAGAGCGACUAGCCCAAACUAGCCUUCAAACGUGGGUCAGUUCAGGAAGAUACCAAUAGAAUUACUCUCUCUCUCUCUCUCUCUCUCUCUCUCUCUCUCUCUCUCUCUCUCUCUCUCUCUCUCUCUCACACACACACACACUGGCGAAAGCGAGUCCAACUCGUGAUCAGGCCGUGGUGAAUUACACACAGGUAGCUGCUCAGUUCUUUUAUUCUUUGAUCUUUGCACAAUCAGCACUCUUUACAAGAGAAAACAUUUUUUCACUUUGCAACUCAAUCUCGGCUGAACACUGAGGCACACUGCCAACAUGACUCUUGUUACACAGGCGGAAAUAAAGGGAAAAGUAAUGGAAGAAGACAAAAACGUUUUAAAACCAAAUGUGGCAGGAGACGCAGGAUUUUUUUCAACUUUUCAUCCCAGCGCACCUGCUCCUCCUCCCACGUCCUUCCCCUCACCCUCUUUUCUGCUGUACAAAGGCUGCUUUCCUCGUUCCAACGGUUGGGCCUCGUCAACUGGUCAUGUUCCAAACCUCGCCACUCACUGUCUCAUGAGGAGCAAAAUAAGACGUAGGCUGUUCAUUCCAAGGAAUCACUAAAGCGGUUUUCCUCAUUUGUGGUCUUUUGCUACCUUCUUCUUCUUCUAUAAAUAUCAACACUUCCU